CAGACCAUCACUCCCCAGAGGCCUACAGCGGCAGCGCCACGCGCCAGCACACUUUCACCCACAGGCACAAGAAGGUUUUCACUCCAUCUGGCUAUUUAAUUUAACCCUGCCCAGCUUUCGCCUUCGCCAGUUCACCGCACAAGAAGAGGAGGCGGACCCAGCCUCUCUCCACAGCUCUCGAGAAACCUCCAUCCAGUCGAGGGCAGGCUCCAUCCUUCCUCCAGACUCCAGAGGCACCACAGACACACACACACCAAUGGCUCCCAGCAAGCUCGCCGUGGUCAUCGCCUUGGUGGCGUCUCUCCUCCUGCUCACCAACAUCAACACCAAGGCUGCUCCGGGUCCGGGCGGCUACCCGCCGGCUCCUCCGCUCGGCCCUCCGCCGCACCAGAUCGUCGACCCCGCCAAAGACUGCGGGGGCGCGUGCGACGUGCGGUGCGGCGCGCAGUCGCGGAAGAACCGGUGCGCCCGGGCGUGCCUCAAGUGCUGCAGCGUCUGCCGCUGCGUGCCGGCGGGCACGGCCGGCAACCAGCAGACGUGCGGCAAGUGCUACACCGACUGGAUCACGCACGGCAACAGGACCAAGUGCCCGUGAGUGCGGCUGCGGGGUGGCAGCGGCGGUCAGCGUGUUCCCCGGCCGAAAGCAGCCUGAGUUCCAUGGGCGCACCACUGCCACGCCACGUCUUGUAUGAUCCGACCCCGUCCGCGCCGUAGAUGUACUAGCUAUCUACUCCGUAGUAGUCUACAGUAGCUAGCUCCUGGUUGAUGAUGCUAUGCUGUGUUGUUUGUUUGCUGGUAGUACUGCUCUAUCCUUGUGAUGAUGUCGAUGGGCUUUCUGUAAAAAGGGCGUGCCUUUCUCAGUUUCUGUAGCAGUAAAAUCCAUCUGGGUUGGAUCAAUGUGCCCAUUUUCUAGCUUGUUUGCCAAUGUUUCGCUUAUUAUUAGCUGCCGAUUGUUCA